AUGUGGCUUUUCUGUCUUGCUAUUUUAUUGUACGCCGCACAGAUUAACAUCUCAGACUAUUGGGCGUGGUCCCAAAAGCUAGACAACUUCUUGUACGAUGCAUGGGAUGCUUUUCCCUACGUGGAUACAAUUGCGUCCUUGACCAAUCAAGAUUUUGUCUACGAUCCGCCCAUUUCCCUUUUCCCUAUCUAUCAUCAAGUGGGGUACCUGUUUCUUCCAAAAACAACCCCCUUUUCUAAGGCCAUUGCAGUUUUCAGAGCAAUCGAUGCUUUAAGCCCUUCAUCCAGUCAAAUACCACCAAAGUUUAAAUCUAGCGGACAGUGUGAUUUGCUUGAUACGCUCCGAAAGUUCCUCGAUAAACUUGAUCCCAACAAGUCGGACUAUCAGCUUGAAAGCCUACAGUAUGUUAACCUAGUUUCAGACGUUUUCACUGCGGUCAGUAAUAUGAGCUACGAUAGCAUAUCCAGUGCAUAUAAGAUAUCCCGCACUACUUGUGACAGUGUUUUAGCCAACGCAUACAACGUGGUGCCAGAAAGCAUCGAUGACCCAACCGCUCUACCAGAGCUAUGUGACCUACUGGAGUUUGAUAACAAGAAAUGUCUCUUCUUGAUGCUGAAAUCGGUUGAGGAUAAAGGUACUGGACACAACAGCAUCCUCCUUGCUAAGCUUUACACAGACCAUGUAAAGCCUCUCUUUUCUUCACUCAAAAUCGAUUCACUUGCUAGCGGGGACAUAUAUAGACCUGAGUUUCUAAAGAUCUAUAAUGAUCUGACUAUGGACCAUGGUGUACCAUAUGACUUAAAGGACGUACUUAUAGAACUGGCCUGCACCUACCUCUUGCAAGCUAAGCUGAUUGACGCUGACAUUUCAGAUUGCAAGACAUUCAUCAGCUCCAUCGUAGUCAUGGAUAACACGCCCUUCUCUAUAUCUUAUAGAUUACGUGAUCUGAUUGCUAUUGCCCUUAGCUACAAGCACCUAUGUGGAAGACGCAGAGUGACAUACUUUCACGACUCCAACAGCGCACAUGCUCUCAAGUUAGAGUCGGGCCUCCUGGUUCCUCUCGAUGUCUCACAGCCUCUCACAAAUUCCGUAAAGCAACUUGCUAUAGAUGAUAUCAUUGCGUCAAGUAGUACAGCUCUGACCAGUCGGUAUAUAAAGAGAGAUAUAGUAUUCAUAGUCCACCCUUCAAAGCUACGCACUCAAUCUGCUAGGGAGCUCCAAUACUAUGUCAACAACAUUGUUAGGCACCAACUUGCGAUCAUUACAUCUAUGUGCACCAUCAUGGACCGGAUCUGGAUUUAUAUCUACAAUCCUUGGACACAAAAGUAUGAAAUACCUUCCUUCACCAGGCUGCAAGGCGACGCACGCUUAAGAACUCAGUAUCCAGGUGCUCCUUUCUUCGGUGGGUACUCUACAAACGACACCGAGUAUCCAUACAGAGGAUCACUUAACAGCUACUACCAGAUUUAUCGCUACUAUUCGAAUCAGGAUUUGAAUUACCGUACGUUUUCGGUAGCCAAGAACCCGUAUUAUAACAGCAAAACAGCCGUCUUAAACAACAAGGAGGAGUACAAAAAGUUCAUUCUAGACACUUUUCUACACGACACACAAGAUCCGUUUUCGUCUUGGGACUCUGCGUUUGGGCGGUAUGCCAGACCUUCAAAGAAUCUUUUCAGUCAGAGAGCAAUUCAUGCUGAAAUGAUAACUCAUAUGACUGACUUGCUUAAAGAGCUUGUUUUGGGGGUCUAUAACAACUAUUAUGCGUGCGAUUCUGAAUGCGACAUUUCUGACGAGGCACGUGCUUUCACAUCUAUGCAGUAUCAAAAUGUCUAUGUAUUUUCUUAUUCAGACAGUAAUUUCUAUGACAUCAUGCAAGUUUCGGCGCACAGUUUUAAAUCCCUUAAGGCAUCCAGGCUUCACUUUUUCCCCGUGCUGGUCACUUCCUGCUCAAUACUUACUGAUUUUGAUGUGGAUUAUCCACUGGAAUAUGACAUGUCGUUCUUCAUGAAGCGCUUGCUGAAGAUCUCCUGUGAUGAGCUCUCGUAUAUCGAUUCAUUGGCAAUGGCCAGAAACACCCGGAAGGGUGUCCUCCAGGCCUCAAACUGGUUCUCUGCUGUUUUGAGCGGCGCCACCCUCUUCCUCUAUUCCGACCUAUCCGAUGCUGAACUCCGCCGUCAACUGUUGCCUCUAUUUACCUACAUUGCUAAUUAUGAAGGUAAGAAGCUGUUUGCAGAUAACGUUCCCUCUUUGGCUAUCUAUAAAGAGCACAGCUACAUGGGCUACAAUCUGCCUGUCGUGGCACAGACAGAUCCUUGCUAUCUAAAGUACGAUGGAGUUCUUUCCCAAAGCGGGAAAACACUGGCGAAAUGCCAUAGAGAUAAUAUUCUGGCGCAUCUACGGCCUAAUUCCCAGCAAACUAGCUACUCAAAUAGGGCAGGCAACAAUCCCUUAUUUACAUACAGGGGCUCAUUAAUUCACAAGCUAGACGUGUCGAGUGUCCAUUUCUCCCCAUUGAGCCUCGAUUACGACGCUCUAAGCUACAUGCGCAUAUACCAUCAAGACAAUAAUACGAGACGGUACUUCUUAGACCCCUACUCUCAGAUCUUGAUGUUUGAGAACAUCGGACUUGAGACCUAUGUCAGCGAUCCUCUGGAUGGUAAUUCCACUGGCUCAUAUCAUCUUUACAAGCAUUCUUUUCUCACAGAAGUUCUUGGUCUGCGCUCCAUCAUGACGGUUAACAAUGAGCUUCAAUACAUCCCGCAGUCUGCGUAUAUCUAUGCAGGCGUCGUUAAUAAGUUUAUUCGCCGACAGGUAGGAAUUUUUGGAUAUAUCCGUGUAGGGAUACCGGACGAAUCCAACAAUAGCAUUGGAUUUGAUAUGCGUAUUAGUGAGGCUACAUUUGCAUAUAGACGCUAUAGGGUUCCGCAAGGGCAAGCCUGUACUCUAGAGGAAAUCAAAAAGAUGUACACUCUCAGCACAUCCAGAUUACCACUUAAUUAUGCACAAGUCUCUAACCCCAUUAACAAGCUGUUACUCUCACCGCCCCACUCUGUUCUAGAAACAGAUUGCAUACCUUUUAAUGGAACUAAAAUAUGCUUCCAAUCUAGAGCAUUCGACCAGUACAUUAAUGUAACUAAGUUUGGCAACAGAAUAGCAUUGGUGUACCUGGAGGACAUCGUUAAGAAGGCAUCUGUCACCACAAAGACCGCCCUUGGCACUGAGUGCGUUCCCACACCCGUCACUCUAAAGACAUACUUUGAGGACAGGACACUCUUUCCAGAUCUGAAGUCAGAGUAUCGGUACCCAUCGAAUAUCUUUGUUCCCGCGUACGCUAUCUUUCUUGAGGAGUUUGUGAAGCUGAAGGACCUUUUUACUUCCGUCUUGGAUACCUCCGAUAUCACAGCACUACUUACCAUAUCUAAGUUUCGUGACGUUCUGGAGAAGACUAUUAACAGCUAUCUAUCUGGAGCUUCUACUUAUGACGCUAUUCUGAAAAUAUUAGACAAUUUUACUGUAGCAUCAUUCUAUCCCGAUAGUUCAGUCAAUAUGGACAAUAACGAGAUGAUACUUAAUUACACUGCUGUCCUAAAUGAUCCGGGUUCCCAUCUUAAGAUGGAGAACCUCCUUAGGAUUUACCCCGACUACAGCAGCCCAAGCAGCUCUCCUCUGCCGUUCAGAAAAGGCUGUUAUUUAGCUGAAGAUCUUCUGGGUAACAUUCUCUCGGAUGCUAACAUUAUGAAUCAGGAGUUUUCUACCUGCUUCUACGCCAACCACACAUCGGCUUAUGUCAAUCUCUCAUCUCAAGUGGGCUAUGAAGCCGCCAAGCUGUAUUGCUUAGAGAGGCCAAAGUACUUCCUUGACCCAGCAACAGAGGUUGUCAGCUGGAUUGCGCCGGCCUCUAUUGGAUUUACCCCUGCUAGCAUCCCCACUCCUAUCGAGAAUCUUGGGCUCUAUAGUCCUCUUCUCGUUAGCUAUAUUUUGGCCAUUCUUCCAGAGGCCUUUCGAACAAGGAGGCUCGACGGAGUCUUUCAUUUAUUUAUCAACCAGCAGCCACUGCCGAGUGCCAUGACACCAAAUUCCUUCAAUCUUGAUGAUUCUCCUCUAGAGCACAGAAGCCUUUAUGAGGACGACAUGGAGCACCAUCGCCGAACAUCCCGAACAUCGUUUCAUGAUUAUGAUGAUGUUGGCUCCAGCGAUGAUUUUUCUCAGGGAUCAGACGUUGCACAGAGCAUCUAUGCUUCUGCAAAAGCGCCACCCGGGACCAUCCAAAGGGUAUACUAUACUAGCAUAUAUGAAAACGACCUCAAAAACAUCUAUGUCGACAUUCAGGCGAUCAAUCGCGACAUUCUACGCUAUGCUAUGCACGUUGACAAGCAUCCGCUUGUUAGUAUCAUGAAUGCUUUAUCAUUGCCGAUGUUUAUGCGUGUCUAUCCACCAUUUGACGAGUCUGCGGAGUUCAUCACAAAGUCGAGUCCUCUAGACCCUACCAACAGCGACAGUCCCUCGACGUAUGACUACUUACUGAAGGUUCUGGGCUAUCAACUAAAUACAAUCACAUCGAGCCUCACUGGAAAGCUGCACCCCAAUUUUAUGUACAACCCUCUUAACCUUGCAGAGUCAGAGGACUGGGACUAUGGGUAUCAGCCCCUGCAGAACUAUGUUCAGGGCGAUCCCACUGAUGAGUAUUCAUAUCUCCUGUACUUUGCCAGCUUUCCCAUAUAUACUAGUUCUCAGAGUCGGAUAGACAACAAUACAAAGGCACUAGCUGCCGUCUACACCAUUGAGUACAACAUAUCUAUCAGCACGCUUGACUCAAUACAUAACUUUGGACUCUUGCCUUCCAAGAUCUUGCCCUCUGGUACAUCUGCUCCUACCUUGGUUGACCUCCGCGUCCCAGUAUUCUAUGCCUUGCUGAAUAAUAUGGGGGACUUCGUGCUAACGCGGUCUACAAAUGCCACUCUUUCUGGCAUGAAGUCGGUCCUUUCGUCCAUUCUCGACACUCUAGUUGACAUAGAAUACUUUGUCCUUCGUAAAGUGCCUGUCUCGAAUGAGCGCUACACUAAUGUAUUAGAAUACAAUAAUCAGUUCUGGAUCAACAUACAAUACAAGACCACGAAGCGGCUUAUCACAACAAGAAGAUUUAAUGUCAUCAUGGUAACUGAUGGAGUGGCGACUCAGAUCUUUAGUUCUGAAGCUGGGAUUGAUUCAGUUGCAUAUGAGCAAUCGUCGAUUUCUGACCGCCUUAUUGUGCUGGAUCUUGCCUCAACGUGCAUAAAGCGAGGUAUUGCUAUUAUUCGGAAUCUCGUUACGGUUGAUCUAAUGUCCAUUGCAGUGUUCAAUAUGGAAUAUUACCCUGUGAAGGCGUGUACACGGGUUCCUGGGGCAAACGCAUACACAGACAUGACAAGCAAGUUUAGCACUAGCAUUUAUUCUCAUCUGAACAUCGAGGAAGACCCGGCUAUUUGGAAGCCGAGUAUCACGUACAUGACCGGCUAUCCUCCUGGCGCACACAUGCGCCUUCUUCUACAGCUGUUUGGACAGGCAAUGCACACGUACAUUUCAUCUGCAGAAACCUUUCUGAUCGUUGUUAUCUCUGUUUUCACACUGGUGGGAGCAGUUGUCCUAAAGAUAUACUGCACGGUUAUGUCUAAGCGAGAUGUUUCCUCUCUAUCUACGUGCCGUACAAACCGUAAUCAUUCUACUUCAAACAAGAUGUGCCUAACUCGCCCCUGCGCUGAGGCCAUUACACCGGAGUCAGAACUAGAAGUAUCAUGUACCUCAUUGACAUGUCAGAAUACCUGCGAAUCGUCACCGAUAUCUAGAACUAAGUCUUCGACUUUUCUCUCACAAAAGGAAAGCCAGGCCAAAGAGAAAGUAAUUGAGCUUCCGUCCGAGGGCUCAACGACAGCCCGUGCUGAUGUAGGUGAUAUUACUUGGUCAUAUGCAGACGCUACGUAUGACAGUGGAAUCUUGGGAAGGAACUCGGUCACGGGUCUCCUCAACUUCUUGACGCGUCCAUUGAGACAGUCAUCUACCUUUUCGGCCUCCUCUUUAAAGCGACUUUCGCUGGGGUCUACACUUAGCAAAAGGCAGUUGGAAUUAUCAGCACAUAAGUCCCAUAAGCACAAUACUCCAGACAUAAAUCUCGUGCUUAGCGAUUCUCCUCUGGUUACGGAUAGCCAGCCACUCUUGAAUCCGGGCAUCAUGACCAGCAUAGCCACCGUCGGUACCUCAAUCUCUGCUUCAUCAUAUCUUAAUAAUUCUGAUAUCGGAUAUGCCACUUCGAAGUCUGUUACUGUUAAAGGGGCCCUUCACAAUUGGCUAUCGAAGAUACUGUCUAAUGGGGUGUACCUUACAUUUACUUCUCUCUUCACUAUUUUUCAGUCAAAUCGGCCUUCUCAGAAGAACUUUGCUGACCAGGACAUCUCACCAAACGAACACGAGCUUCCCGGCCACUCUGUUAGUGCUCGAAAGUUAAGACACUGGGACAAGGCAUUUGAAUUUCUCAAGUCUGCUCUAGAGUCGAAGGCGGUUAGGCUGAGAGAAAAUAUUAAUUUAUUUAAUCUCUAUAAGAUAACACCUAGCCAUAAGCUGAGCAUUCUCUUUGUUCUGCAACAGCUUUACCCAUCAUACCUUAAGAAGCUGCGUGUAGAGUCUCAAAGCAAUAGCAAACUACUCUCAGCAAGUAUCUUCUCAGAAAGAAAUCAGGAGUCAAGUUCGUUAGCGCUUUCUGUGAAGCAAUUGACGGGAUUUUCUUCUCAAGUGUUCGAGCAUGCUUCUCUCUUCAAGGUCAUCUUUAAUCAGCUGGCGUCAAGAAACUUUGCUAGCAAGCUACCAGACGUGAAGACUGGUCUUUCACUUCUGAGCACGGUUCAGCUCCUUGUUGACCCUGCUACAACAAACCUGCAGUUUUCUGAAUCAUCUUCUGAGACUUUCUCAUCUACUGAGCAGUCAGUCUUUUCCUUUUCAUCCAGUGCCAUGUCUUUUCAGUCUACAAUUGAGGCUGUCAGGGUCUUUCCAAAACAUAGACAGUACCGUGGUAGAUUGACGAAAAAAUGUACUGGUUAUAUUAACAGCAUUGUCCAAUCUACUAUAUCUUUGCAAUCCUGUGCUAAUACUAAAGGACUUGAUAUCAUGGAUGAAGCUAGCAGCGACUUGGAUAAGCACUCCUACGACCUUCAGUCUUCAAGCAUUACUAAUGAGUACUCUAUCGAAACUGACAUGUACUUGCCAUAUUAUGCUCACGGAUAUUCGAUACGUAACAAAGCUGGGGCCAACAGUUUGCUCAAAGGCCCCGUGAAGCAGCAUUAUGAGCCCAUUAGCAACUUGUCUCUGAGAGAAGCCGCUGAAGAGACGGACAAAGAUUCAUCUCCUAUCAUCAUCAGAGGGGCUAUACCCCAGCAACUUGCUUUUUCACGUGUCUGUAAUGCAUCUGCUGAAAGUGAUAUUCUAUUCAUUAAGAAGAGCAUGUCAGAAAGCAACCUAUCACAAUUGGAAAGCAGAUUUAAUCCAUUUAUUUCUAGAUCGUUCCAAAAGGCUGUCCUGGCCUCUUGCCUUGACACAGAGUGUUACCAAUUUGUCAGCACCAUUUCUAAAAGAGUUUGCAUAAAGGAUACUAUCUUGACUGGAUAUCUGGACAACCUAAAUGCAUCAGUGAUUGAGGCCUUUGAUAACCCUUUUAAAUACAAGAAAUUAUUGGAUUAUGGCUAUGACUAUCAUGGAAUAGUGCGCUACGUAGACCCACUCCUAAACCAAAUUUCACCCGAGCACAUAAACAUAAGUAGCAAACCACGUAUUUUGCAUACUGAUCUGAAGGCAACUAUCAUAGGAGCCAGCAAGCUAUCUGCCUCCGCCAUGAAGUCAGGCAUGAACUCACAUACCAACUUAUUUCAUCGAACUACGGGAUCAUUGUCUCCUCAAUUCACAUUAAAAACACCGAGUUCAUUUGCGCUUUACAAGCACGAGUCGCAUCCGAAUAUGGAUCUGAGGAUUAAUCCACUGAUUCCGUCGAUUGUUCGGUGGACAUCUGGCGUUCCCUACGUACCACCGUACACAAUUUUUGCAAAGGAAAACUUUAGCUUUACGGCGGCGAAGCUUCGUGCCAAAUAUGCACGCAAGCUGAUGAACUACAAUACAGCGUUUUCAACGAUGCUCAGAAAGGAAGGAAUGGAAGACGUGCCACCUCUCUUUAUCCCCAUUAAAGAUAGGGAUAUACACAGAUUAAUUAACGCGAUAAAACUACAGACUAUUCCGUCAGUGCCAAUUGACCUGGAAGAUAUAUCUGAAGACAAUAAGCUAUUUGAGGAAAUAACAUAUAGAAAGCUUGGAAUUCUUCAGAAACGAUCAACUAAUUACCGUGCAAACGCUAUAGCCAAGUACUUAUUCUAUAGAGACUGCGACUUUGCUGCAUAUUAUCGAUUCUAUUCACCUCGGAUCCAAAAGACCGUUUCGUAUUUAUUUUGGCGGUACUACCUCCGGACUCAAAUGCAGCUGUUGAACAUUACACCUUCCUCUCCAUGCAUUGUGAAGAAGGGUAGAGAAGGCCAGAUCGAAUGGGCAGUCCUGUCUGACAUCUUCUCGUCUCCCAAGCUGGGUUAUUUGCAGGGCUCUAGCCCAAGACAAUUUACCAAUAAAAGAUAUACAAACGCAUUAUCAACUGCACCUUAUAAGGUAGAACCAAGUGCUGUCGAGACUCAAUUAUCUAAGAUGUCUCUUAUUGCAGCAGCAAUUAAAGAAAUUAAGAGCAUGUCCACUGGCGUUCUCUUUGCAGAGGACAGUGUAUGCUUACAUCAUAUUUUAGUAAUAAGAGCGCUUUACACCAAGAAGAUUGCAGAGUGCUUUUAUGCACCUCUUUCGGUCGUCAGCUUAGCAGGACUUGCCUUGCCUCAAUCAGCGUACACCUCUCUCUCUUCCGAUGUUACAAUUCAGUUCCCAGUAUACGCACUUUUGGAACGCUUUUACUCCUCCAUAAUUGUCCCUGAGCUCAGCAUUUGGAAUCUUAAGGAAGCCGGUGCAGAAACAUUCAGUGUAUGCGAUAGUGCGGCCUAUGGACAAUUUAUGAUUGCACGAAAGCGUGCUCAGGCACGAACAUCGGCCAUGUAUGCAUUGUUGGACCGGAACCUAUUCUAUAGAACUCAACCUGAAUAUGCCGCCCGUAUGCCUUUUAGCGAUUACAGCAAUGCUGAGAGUUCAUUGGAAAAUUCUAUAGAAGCAGAAGCAAGCGUUAUUAUUCCACACAUUAUAAAAGGCUUAAUAGAAGACUCUGAUGACAAGAAUAAUGACUUAAAUCAUGGAGAGCAGCAGUACGAGUAUUAUUUGUCUAACUCAUCCGGAUACAAGAUAGAUAUGGAUGAUCUUUUUAAUUACACUUCCAAUACUGACGGUACUGAAUUAUUGCCUAUCCUACCACCGCAGGGGAUAGACGCUCCUCAAUCACUCGGGAUCCUACCACCGCAGGGGAUAGAUGCUCCUCAAUCACUCGGGAUCCUACCACCGCAGGGGAUAGAUGCUCCUCAAUCACUCGGGAUCCUACCACUGCAGGGGAUAGACGCUCCUCAAUCACUCGGGAUCCUACCACUGCAGGGGAUAGAUGCUCCUCAAUCACUCGGGAUCCUACCACCGCAGGGGAUAGAUGCUCCUCAAUCACUCGGGAUCCUACCACCGCAGGGGAUAGAUGCUCCUCAAUCACUCGGGAUCCUACCACUGCAGGGGAUAGACGCUCCUCAAUCACUCGGGAUCCUACCACUGCAGGGGAUAGAUGCUCCUCAAUCACUCGGGAUCCUACCACUGCAGGGGAUAGACGCUCCUCAAUCACUCGGGAUCCUACCACUGCAGGGGAUAGACGCUCCUCAAUCACUCGGGAUCCUACCACUGCAGGGGAUAGACGCUCCUCAAUCACUCGGGAUCCUACCACCGCAGGGGAUAGAUGCUCCUCAAUCACUCGGGAUCCUACCACCGCAGGGGAUAGAUGCUCCUCAAACAUUUGAUUCUCCUCGUGGUUUAAUGUUUCAGGAUAAGAAUUUGGGGAUGUACCCUCUCACCCCCAAUCUGGACUGCCUCGCUAUCACCAAUAGUAAGUUAAAUAACUCAAUUACCUCGUCGAUAGUAAGAGAUUCUACUCUUGUUACACCGAUAACAGAGAUAGAUCAAAUUUCUACAGACAGCCUUAAGGUUACAAAUAGGUUCUGUGCCUAUGAUUCCAAGCAAGUGGUUUAUCAAAGGAUUAGCAUGUCGUUGGAAGCUGAUCUUUCGACUAACUUCCUUAUUGAGGUAAUACCGGGCAAAGAUACUUUAUUAUCGAACAGAAUAGACACCGGCUGUAUUCCUCCCCCAGAAGAUAUUGAAAUUGUCAUACCGGAUAUUCGAUAUAAGCUCAGGCUCAAAACAAACUACGAUUCUUACUUAAACGGAAGUGUUCUUGUUUCAAAGAUUGCUCUUCAUUAUCAAAUCCCAUGGUUAGUGCCUCGUAGACAAAAAAGUAAGCCGCGUAACGCACAUCUAAGAAUAUCUAGUAGCCCACCUACCUUGUGCUUUAUGUCUAAACGGAAGGAUAAAGCCUCGCCCAUAGAUAACCCUAGGCCGGUGCAAACCAAUCCGAACCACAGUGAUACGGCGCAAUCUUCUACACCUUCAUUCUACGGAACUAGCAGCGGAGCCAAUACAAUAACACCAAUAUCUCUUGACUUUCCUGCACAAAGGGUAAUGGAUACUAUGAAUUCUAGGCAAAAGCAGGAAAGCGUAACUUCAACCAAUACCUUAUCGACUUUUUCAGAUGGUGUACAAAGCGGGACUGUAGCUGCAAUAAGACAGAGUAUCCCAACCUGCCCUGGCUUACAAUAUAUGUACAAUCUAUCCAAUCCCCAACCAUGGGACUCCACACCUUCAACAGCUACAACAAUUACAACACUUCCCAAAAGCUUCUCUUCAGACCCAACUGAGUUCGAUGCUACGCCCGUGAUGACUCUAGUCCUUGAUUUGUAUAGCUUUAGGAAGUCUUGUCUUCGCUUACGAUCGUUCUUUUCUGACAAUCUACUCAUUGUGGACCCAGAUGAGCAAAAGACGUAUAUCUUAAAUGCUGAUCAUAGGCCUCCUCGAGUUCCAAUAAAGGUCAGCGAUCUAAUAUGCCACAAUCCAAUCGAGUUAGCCGUACACAAGAUCCGUCUGUCUCUCACCGCUCUCAACUUUUUAUACAUGAAAUCAAUGUAUUUAGAGUUAGGUUCGGUGCUAUUUUAUAGAACCCUUGCAAACAUGACCAUUGAUGACGUGCUAAGGAAUGGCCUAGAAUCAAUGUACAAGUCUCUUCCCUGGUAUAACAAGAAAACUAAUCUUCAGGCUACUAAGAAUAACAUGACUGCGUAUGCACCAAUAACAUUAGAUUGUCACAAGACAGGAAUGCCUCCUUGGCUCCCCUCUCCAGACCUGACAACCAAGCAACACAUUCAGCUUCUCUACAACUUCUUCAUCAGACAGAAUAACCUAGCGUUCGCUCCGCUUAUGCACAACUUCGUAAUAUGGAAUGAGUGGGGGUUAAAUUACAAUGAUAAAGGAUACAUACGGGUGGAUUUUAAAGGUGUCCACACCAACACUAUCAGGGACUUUAUGUUGCAACUGAUAUGGCUUGAGCCCUACUAUUGA